GGAGACCAUGCUGGAGCGUCCGACUAUCCGUCUUCGCACGGAGGCUUUUCUUGCUACCACCCUAGUCCCACAGCGAACGCGACCUGAUUCCUGCAAAUGGGACACUGGACAGUGGAGUGGAGGAGGGGGGGACGAGGCUCGGCGGAGGGUGGGUGUGUGGAUGUGGUAGUCGUAGUGCUAGAUAAUGAUGGCUGCUCGACGGUUGUGGACAUUUCAACUGCGAAUCUGCCAAAGCUUUUUAGAAACCAUCACUUGCUCUUGUUUUCUUUUCUUUGCUUCUCUUGUUCAUCGACUCCUUCUCCCUCAUCUUCUUCUUCUUCUUCCUCAUCCCUCCUCCUCAUCCCAUCCCGUAUCCAAUCCAUCUCAACACUCCGGACCAUACCCAGUCUCCUCCCCUACCUGGGUCUCCAUUCCGCCUACCUACCUACGAAGCGACCCAUCGAUCAACUUGCCAACUAAACUUCCUCUCGUGACUGAGCGAACACGACGUAAUCGACCAUCCGGUUAACUACCGACCUGACCCGUUUCCCGUAUCCUCCCUUGGUUUUCCUCCAGAAGUCGCAUGGUGUUCGUGGUGUCGCCUCGUUCUUCGUCGUCGUCACCCAUCUCUGCAGAUCCUGGG